CUUUAAGAUGCGUCACCCCAUAAAAAUUACGUUUUUUAUUUUGAGCUUGAACACCAUUAGUUUGGUCUACACAAACAAUGUAAUUAAAGCCACCAAGAUAAUUUGUAUUCAAAAUUCAAAAUAUUUUGUAAAUCACACAUGCCGGCUGAAGCCUGUGAAUCGUUACAAAAGUGUGGCCUUUCUGGAUGGAUACCUCAGGAAAGAACUGCGUAAUGUAUCUGUCAAUAUUGCAUUGUAUGCCCGCAAUGAUGUCAACACCUAUAAUCCAUUUCUUGUGAAUUUCACUCAAAACAUUUGCUGGUAUUUGGGUCAGAAACAAUUCGGAACAUAUAUGAAAGUAUUCAUGGAUGUCUUGACCCAAUACACCAAUGUAAAUCAUUCCUGUCCCUAUUCGGGCUUGCUUAUUGCAAGAAAUCUCUAUCUUGAGGGCAAUUCGAUAUCUGCUUUAUUUCCAAAGGGCACGUAUAAAGGAGUUUUGAUUUUUUAUGAAGGAUAUCCUUUCGAUCACAUCGGUACAGUGGAGUAUUAUGCCGAAUUAUUUGAAGCAAGGAAAAUACUAAAGAAAAAAAAAAUUAAAUAA